AUGGUUAGAUAUUCCGGACGGCACAGUGAAGGUAAGAGCAGAGAAGACGGCGAGAGCAUUCCACAAAGGAGAGAUGCUACACCUUCAAAUUCUUCUCGUAAGAUUAAAGACAACAAUAGCUUUGGUAAUAAUCGCCCAGGAAAAUACUGGGAUGGAAAAGAAUGGAUACUUGAUCCCAAUCUCGUCAAGAGAAUCGAGAAUUUUAUGAUAACCUGGAGGCUGCCACCAAGAGUAAACUAG